GCCAAUUGUUCGGGCCCAACGCAGUUAAAACGAACUGCGUUGCGCCACUGCCUUCGGCGGGGGCCCAGCCCGACGCCGACCUCCAACAUCGUCUCGGCAUCGCCUUCGGUGGCCCGAAGGCAACCUACAGCGAACAGUUUUGUGAGACGUCAUGGCGGUCCCUUUUGGGGUACGACCCGUCCAUGCAUGUUAUGUUGUGGAUGUUCGGAAAGCGCGCCCACAUGACGGUCGUUUUUGAUGUUGUCGCACGUUUUCGCAUUUAUCUUUGAUUUCGCGCGCCCCCCGUUCGCGUCAAGUAAGGUGUUCGGCGGUCUUUCCCGCUGCUCCUGUGCACCGCGCCGCUCUCCCGAUUGAGCCUUUCGGCGUUCUACUACUCUUUUCAGGGUGGCAUCUCCCUUGCAGGUGCCCUCCAACCGUUUCACGUGCCGAUUCUGCGUGCUCGCCUCGGCUCAAGCACGUCGCCGAACGCUCGGUCGGGGUGUUGUUUCGUAUUUCGCGUACCGUGGUACAUCUUGACACAUUGGAAGCAUUUGAUCAUCCCCGGCAUGCGAGAAUGCUUCGCUGCCGUUGCCGAUGAGAACACUCUUUUGCCCGCCGCUUGGUGCCAGGAGUCAUGGCAGGAAGGCGCGGACUGUUUGGACACCUCCAUGUAUCAAAGUAAGGUUUUCAGCGACGUGGCAUUCGACGUCGUGAAGGUUGCCGCAUGGAAUGCAUUUGAUAAGUUGACAGGGAACGAAAGUCGACUUAGCGUUCUAGCAGAGCCUGUGAUCUCCAACGCCACGCGUGAGUUCGCCGAGGCGCAGCCACGGAAAUUUCGGGCUCCACAUCCCGAAGCGUAGUGUGUACUGGUAGGUCCGUGUACGCCCACAGAACACCCUUUGGGACCUUACAUAUCAUAUUUCCACAUGGAAAAUGAAACUGACAGCAUAUCCCUGGGGCCUUUAUGAAAAUCAGUGGCCAAAACGAAAAUCAAUGUUGGAGGAUGCUCCUUGUCUCCGCACAGGUACCCCAAGCUGGCACUAGCAUGGGCGGGGUGAUGUGGGCCAUGGUGAUCGCCAUGAGUCUCUUGGCGAUCACUUGCAUCUUCUGUUCGAUGAGGAUGUUCGAGCAAAGGACUACGAACCCGCCGCCGCUCGCCAGCGCCUCGAAGAAGGGCGGAAUGCACACGACCUCCGCCACCAGCCUCAGCUCUGAAUGGCCGCAGCGGAAGCAGCCGCCCGUGGCCAGCUCCCGCUCCUACGGGUCCAUGCCCGCCUCCCGGCACGGGUCGGUGCCGACGAGCGCGAGAAGCUUGCAGGCAGGCAGGGCGUUGUCCAUGAAGAUCCAGAGCAACGGGAGCAGCGGUAGCGGCGCGUACGGCAAGCCGGACGUCACGCCGCACAGCUCCUUGAGUAUGUACGCCGACCAGGGGCCCCUCGGGCAGAAGUCGGGCGGGGGUUCCCUGUUCACGGUGCCGGUGGACUCUUUGGUGGACGUGACGGGGAAGGGCAGUGUCAUCAUCAGGGACACGUUCACCGGUUCGGUGCUCCGGGCGGCCGUGUCUCAGAACCUUGAUGGUUCCCGGAAGGUCCAGGUCUUUCAGGGUGAGGACGCCGUUGCCCCGUGCGCGAGUGUAGAACCGCCGCCACCAGGAUCGCAUACCGUUCUGAACAGCUUGGAGAUACGCGGGGCGAACAACGUGCACUUGGGGAAGCUAGUUCUGCAGAGCACAGGGUCGUUCCUCGUGCAUGCCCACGGGCAGCAGGAGCUCGUCAUUAAAGGCAACGAGGCCGACUUGGACCUCCACGUGUUUUCACACGACGGCCACCCCAGGGCAACAGUCUCAUGUAAAGAGUACCAGCCUGGUGGACCCGAGCAGGUCGAAAUCCACGUGCUGCCUGGCACUGAUUCAGUGCUCAUCGUCGCGUGCACCCUUGCGAUUUUGUUCCUAUGUGGCGAGAGUUGAGGCAACCCGCAAAUGAUCGCAUGCACGUGCGACUCUCCGAGACGCAUGGUCCAUAUAGUGUCCUUUUGAAUUGUACGAUCACCAGGUGCGACGCAUAGCAAUGUACAGCAUGAUGUGCCUCGUGUCAGCUGCGUCUCCCUGCUAGCCGUUGAGCGAUGGCAACACGGUGUGGGCAUCGGACCUGAGGGCCAGACCGUGACGCACUCCUCCUGACGAGGCGGUGUAGUUUCUCCGAAGCAAGGUACUUCGCCCACGAUUCUUGCUCGAUUGGCAAUCCGUCGGCCACGAGAUCCAGGAUCCCUCAAGGCACGAGUCUUUAUCGUAUGCCCCCACUGCAAUCGGUUACGCUGACUGUUGUGCAACAGCCUCGUCCUCUGCCGUAAACGCUGAGGUGCUGGACUCGAUCCAGAACGGUGAUGCGGACAUAGGUCUAGGUUGUGCGUUGUUGCGGCUUUUCUGCAGACUGCUGAUUCUGCGGAGCGGGAUCGCUCUAGGAAAAAAGACAAGCAAGCAGGAGCGACGAUAGCGCGAGGAUCGGAGCCUAUUUGCUUGGCACAGUGGAGAGAGCACGGGCAAGUCGCUUCUUCAGAGGGCCUACGUUGGGCCACAUGCGCGCCGCAGGGCCGAGGUCUCUCGUGCAAGCUCUCAGGGCAGCCUAGUCUGGUCUUGUACUCUUCGGGGGAGGCAUGAGGCCACGAGGGGGCCCAGGCACUUCAGCAACCGAACCAGAUCCUACGCCCUGCCCCCGCCUCCGUAUGCUUGUCUAGGGUCCUCCACGUGUUGUUGCUUAGGGCGUUGGCCAGUGGGAUGCAAGAAUCAUGUCGUAGCAGCGUGUUCCUUCCCAAAGGGCGCUGCAGACUGCUGCUGUUGCAGGCACGCAAGAAUGGUGACAACGACGGCAGUCAAUUGGACAAUCGUGAUCUCGGCAGGGGCAAGAGCUCAUGUUCGCCAGUGCGUCAGGACUGGAUCGUGGCGUGUCGCUUUACUGCGCCUGCCUGGAUUCGUUGUGAAGUGCUUUGGCUACGCAAGAC